AUGCUGAAAACAUUUUCCUUUCUGUUGGUAUUUCGGAACAUUCACGAAUAACUCGUUGGAGAAAUGUUACCAAGGACGAGUUACUUCAGUUUAUAGGACUUAUUAUCCACACAGAAACAAUCAAGUGCAACGUUUUAAGGGACUAUUGGAAAACUCAUUGGCUUUUUGGGAUGAAAUGUUUUUCAAAAUAUAUGAGUCGCGAUCGCUCUUUUCUAAUUCUGAGAAGUUUGCAUUUUGCUAGAAAUCCAAGUGAAGAAGAAACAACGCCAGAAGAUCGUUUGUAUAAGAUUCGUCCCUUAUUGAACUAU